UCAAUCUUUUUUGCACACCUUCGUUUUGUUUUGAUAUAAGAAGACACGAAAGGAUGACGUAUCCGCGAAAAUGGUGAAUAAGGAAACGUAAAUGAUUUCUUGGAAAAAUCUGACGAUAAUUUUUCCAAUUUUACACCUUUCGUGGAAGAUCUCUGUAGAGUUACUAAUAGGCUUCAGUCGCCUAGGAAUUGACAGUGACGUUAACCGUGUUCUUUAUGGCUUUUUGACAGUUAUAAAAAUGUCUCGACAGGAUAUUUUACAUCUUUUAUGUUUAAUAUUUCUCGCAAACAAUUGCGUGAAUUACAGUUCAUGCGCCUUUCAUGAUCAUUACGUGGAGUAUUCAUUGGACUCGGAAAAGUUUUGUCAUAUAUAUGGUAAAACAACAACUACCGAAAUUAAAAAUUCUACAAUAAUAGUAAGAUCGAAGCACAUGUUUGAUCCAUGGGUCGAGGGACGUAAAAAUGUUCAUUGCAAAUUCAUUAUUAAAACGGCCAAAGGGGAUGGUUUAUUUGGUGUGAUUCAGAAAUUGUCUUUUAGACGAAAUGGAUCACAGUGCUUGGAUUAUGUACAGUUUAAAAGAAAAGAUCAUCAUCGGACAGAAAAGUUCUGUGGUUACCUUGACCGUAGUAGGGUAAAAUUUCUAGUUCAGGAUUCUGAUGGCUCGUCGCUGGUAACUUACGCAGAAUUUGAUCCAAGUAGCCACAGCUCUGGAGCUGAAUUAGAAACAGAAAUAUUUGUUUCAAAUGAGAAAUUACAAGAGGGAGAAUUCUUGUCUCUUAGCAUUGCUUACACUGUUUUUAAAAAUUGCAGCAAGGUGAACCAGAAAGAAUACGCGCCAGUAUUUCGCGGUGGCUGUUUAUUAAACGAUUAUUUCUGCGACGGAAUUUAUAACUGUGCACCAGGUGUUUGUUCAGAUGAAAAGGAUUGUCCAGUUAAUCUCAAUGAAAUUAUUAGCACCGGUACUGGUACAAAAGUCACGAUAGGUGCAGUAACUACAGUGAUAUUGUGUUUCAUCAUAUUCGUUAUGUGUCUAUGGAUUUGUAAAAGGUCGCAAAAGUUAUACUGGGCUGUGGAUUAUACCGAUCAAAAUGCUGCGAGAACAGUACCGCCCGAAGCUGAAAGAUCUACGAAUCCCCCAGUUCCCUCGGCACCUAUAUUAGAGGUUGCUGUACCCUCCUCUGUUAAUAACAAAGACCUGCCACCUAGUUAUGAUUCAUUAUUUCCAGAACAAAGUAAUCCCGUUAGAUCGUAAUUAGAAAGACAUGUUACUUUAUGUAACUGACCGAUAUCGACAGCAUUUUAUCUAAUGUUUUAAUUAGAUAUUGCUGUAUACAAUGCAGUUUUCAGAUAUAUGGUAUGAAUGAGUGCCUUUCUGAAUGAACGAGAUAUAAUUAGAAAAACAUGCGCACAAAAAAGAGAUAAUUAAUUCUUUUCUACGUUCCUUUUCUCGCGUUUUAUAUAAAUUUUUUGGAUAUCGUAUACAAUAUUAUUUGUAAUAAUGAACAUUUUUGUAUGCCGCUUAUUCAUUUUGUAAGAUGCAUACCAUUUGAUAAAGUUUUAUUAAAGUAUAUGUGAGAAUGAAAUUUCUUAUAUAAGACACGAAGCAACACUUAAAACUGAAAUUGAUUAGUGAUUUAACGUCGAAACUUUAUUGUAGGAUAACGUUUUGUUUAUAGUUUAUAAGCUUUUUUUUUUUUAAAUAUUCAAAAGAUACAGUAUUUAAUGAAUUUAAUAUUUAUGAGA